GCACUUGGGGAUUCCCUGGGUGGCAGAGGUCAAGGCUCGGGUCUAAAGCCAGGGGGCGGGGCGGGCCUCAGGAACGGAGUGAGGCGCGGGGCUCGGGGAGUAACCGUGCGGGAGGACGGAGGCUCGGAGGGACUCACAGUAGUAGGCCACCACGGGGUCCCGCUUGUCAUGCUCCUGCGCCGUUCUCAAAUGGUGCUGUAUGCUCUUAAACUGCGCGGGCAGCGGCGGCAGAGGGGCCAGCGCAGCCAUCUCCACUCCCGGAAGCGCUACUUCCUACUAGCCGGUCACAGAUACUUCCGCUUCCGCCUCCGAGUGGGGCCACGCUCACCCACGCUUCCGCUGCUGAGAAGCUUGUCCGCAACGGGUGCCCGAAGGAGACAAAACUACGCUGCCUGGCUCAAGGCAGUUAUUAUUUGGAGAAUGAAAGUCUCCUAUGUUGCAUACGGCUCCAGCGCUCUCUGCUGCUGAAGUGCAAAGCCUCAUUUCCAUAGACAGCAAAGCCCAGCACUCCAAGGAAGAACAUUCGCACUGAGCCAAAGAAGAGAGUGUGGAACUGGCCAAUCACGGGUACCUCCCUGAACCUGGUACUUAUGGAUGGCUAGACUGGUUGACAAGGGAAUGUAGAGAUCCAUAUGUCUAUCUUUGUUGAAGAAGUAUGACUCAUGUUUUUAAACCAGAUAUUCGCUAACACAGCUGAGCGUGGGCCCCUCUUGCUGAAGAUACCACACAUUUAGGAUGCACAACUCAGCUCUGGGGACCUGCCAGCUCAGAUCUCCAAUCCUCACAAACUUCCUGCGUGGGCUCCUCCUGCUUGGAGUCGCUUGAGGAUGGAUGUGUAUGGGCACACAGAAUGAAAACAGAUUCAGCCACCUUUCAGUUCCACACAGUUGUACAACAGAACGGUGGAGAGGAGAGCAAAGCUGUGCGGAGAACACAAGACGCCCAGCGUUAGCCGCAGCUUUUCAAGUGCUGUUCAUCAGUUCCUGGAUGACAUCCGCUCCUGGGAGGUGGACCAGUUAGGCAGGUAGGGCUCUGAGUCCCAUAGGGACUGACCUUUGUUCUCCCGCUCGCUAAUAGAGGAAACUAAGCCUUAAAGAUAGAAUAAAUGCUCCACUGCUUUGGCUUUUGUUUUUUGUUUAAAUCGCAAACCAGCGGCAGUGAAGGGAACCUCUCCUAGGCUGAAGCUCUGGAGCGCAACGCGCAGACUUCUCUGCAGGACCCGCGCGGUGGCUCAGUCCCAGGAGCCAAAAACUUGCCAGGAUCAGAGACAAAUUAACUAAACCCACGUCGUGCUCAUUGCACUUUCGAGACACGCGAGUGCAUGAAAACUCCUGCGAGUUCUCUGGGAAAAGAAACCAUGCCCCCCAGGUCUCUCCCCAACCUCUCCUUUCCCACCGAGGCGAAUGAGAGCGAGUUGGUACCCGAGGUGUGGGAAAAGGAUUUCCUGCCUGACUCAGAUGGGACCACCGCGGAGUUGGUGAUCCGCUGUGUGAUACCAUCCCUCUACCUAAUUAUCAUCUCGGUGGGUUUGCUGGGCAACAUCAUGCUGGUGAAGAUAUUCCUCACCAACAGCGCCAUGAGGAGUGUCCCCAACAUCUUCAUCUCUAACCUGGCGGCUGGGGACCUGCUGCUGCUGCUGACCUGCGUCCCUGUGGACGCCUCGCGUUACUUCUUUGAUGAAUGGGUGUUCGGCAAGCUGGGCUGCAAACUCAUUCCGGCCAUCCAGCUCACCUCGGUGGGGGUUUCCGUGUUCACUCUUACUGCCCUCAGCGCUGACAGGUACAGAGCUAUCGUGAACCCCAUGGACAUGCAGACGUCUGGUGUGGUGCUGUGGACCAGUUUGAAGGCCGUGGGCAUCUGGGUAGUCUCUGUGUUGUUGGCUGUCCCUGAAGCUGUGUUUUCAGAAGUUGCACGCAUUGGUAGCUUGGAUAACAGCAGUUUCACAGCAUGCAUACCCUACCCACAAACAGAUGAGUUACACCCAAAGAUUCAUUCAGUGCUCAUUUUUCUUGUCUAUUUCCUCAUACCACUUGUUAUCAUCAGUAUUUAUUAUUAUCAUAUUGCAAAGACUUUAAUUAAAAGUGCACACAAUCUUCCUGGAGAAUACAAUGAACAUACCAAAAAGCAGAUGGAGACACGGAAGCGCCUGGCUAAGAUCGUUCUGGUGUUUGUGGGCUGCUUCGUCUUCUGCUGGUUUCCCAACCACGUCCUCUACUUGUAUAGGUCUUUCAACUACAAGGAGAUAGAUCCUUCUCUCGGGCACAUGAUUGUCACCUUAGUGGCCCGGGUUCUGAGCUUCACCAAUUCCUGCGUCAAUCCCUUUGCUCUUUACCUGCUCAGCGAAAGCUUCAGGAGGCAUUUCAACAGCCAGCUCUGUUGCGGGCAGAAGUCCCAUCCUGAGAGGUCCACCAGCUACCUCCUCAGCUCUUCAGCAGUAAGAAUGACUUCUUUGAAAAGCAACACAAAGAAUGUGGUGACUAAUUCUGUCCUGCUCAAUGGACAUAGCACAAAGCAAGAAAUAGCACUGUGAUUGGAGACCAUUUAAUUCACUCUUGGAAAAUAUCAUUUUCGAAACUUUCCCAUUAUUAUUGAGCAAAGCAGAACUAAAUAAUCUUCACAUUUAUACUUCUCCCUUGCUAAUUCAUCAGGGGAGCUAAUGAUUAAUUCAAGUGCAAAGGAAAAACUUUUGUCUGAAUAGAAAGAAUUUUACAUUAUACAAUACACGUCUAUACUGCACACACAUAACUCACAUAUAUCUCCUGCUAACAUUGGUUUACACAUUCCCUUGAGAUUUAAGGGUUUUCAACAAGCAAAUGUGGCAUAUUUACUUUAAAUUCCUUUUAUCUUAAAUCAUAGAGAACAUUUCCAUAAUGACUCUGUAAUUUAGUGAGAGGUAAUAAUCAAACUCCCAUUAUUUGAAAUAUAAAUUACAUCAUUCUACUGAGUAUAUUUUAUCCACUACUAGUAUAUAUAUAUUUUAAUUUGAAAAAAUUCCCAAAGUAGAACUUAAUCAUUGUUCAUUAAUAUUUAUUGUUCUUUGUAUAAUUAUAAUUUUUAGAAAGGUUUGUAAGUUCUAGAUAUUAUAUUGGGAAGUAUGAUGGAAUUUUAUUAUGAAUUAUAAAUUGUUAAAUGAAUGUGACUCAUCUUGUAUACGUAAAACACAUAUAAUAUGCUCCAAAUUUCAACAUUGUUAUUUAUAUGUUUGCAUGACAAUUUUUGUGAACACCUAAAUUUAUUACAAAUCGGUUCUGCACAGAUAAUAAGAUUUGUAUAAUUCUGAUGGCCAUUUGCUCUUGCAUCUGCCAACUUAUCAGUGUAUGGAAUCUCAAGCAUUUUUCCUCUGCAUGAUAUCACAAUUUUCUCCAAAUAAACAUUUUUCCAUUUGUAAGCAAAA